GGCUCUCCAGCGCAGAGCCAGUCCACACGCUCCUCCAAACUUUACGCACGGAUGUUCUCCUGUGGAAGUAUUUAACACGGGAUUUUGAUGUCUUUCAGCUGAGCCGUAUUGUUCCAAAUAUCUUUUCUAUCUACUGGAAGUAGUCCCAGACUUUUUUCUCGAGUAGCUUUGAAAUCCAAACUUUUUCAAAAACUUUCUACUUUGAAUUUUUUAUGUGAUUCGCCUCAUUCCAGCAGACAGAUGCAGUAAAUCUGAAAAAAAAAUGACCGGUGCCUUAUUAAAGUGCCUAGUUUUGGCGCUCUCUGUCAGCGUGCACAGGCUCUUGGCAGACCCCCGGGUGGAGGAGAGUGAUGAAUCCGGUGACAGCGCCUCGACCCUGGCCUUUGUGUUCGAUGUUACCGGCUCCAUGUACGACGAUCUGAAACAGGUGAUAGAGGGCGCCUCACGGAUCUUGGAGAAGACCCUCAGCCGGAGAACCAGACCCAUCAAAAACUUUGUCCUGGUGCCCUUCCACGACCCAGAUAUUGGCCCUGUGUCCAUCACCACAGACCCAAAGAAGUUCCAGCAGGAUCUGCAGGAACUGUUUGUCCAGGGUGGCGGCGACUGCCCUGAAAUGAGUAUAGGAGCCAUAAAAAAAGCCUUGGAGGUUUCCCUGCCUGGAUCCUUCAUCUAUGUGUUUACUGAUGCCAGGGCCAAAGACUUCCGCCUGAAAAGAGAUGUUCUGCAACUGGUGCAGCUCCGCCAAUCACAGGUAGUGUUUGUGCUGACCGGGGACUGCGGGGAUCGCUCUCAGCCCGGCUACAGGGCAUACGAGGAGAUCGCUGCCACCUCGUCUGGACAAAUCUUUCACCUGGACAAGCAGCAGGUCAACGAGGUUUUGAAGUGGGUAGAGGAGACGGUUCAGGCCAUGAAGGUCCACCUGCUGUCAUCCAACCAUGACGGUGCCCAGGAAAACAAAUGGGAAGUGCCCUUUGACCCCAGCCUCAGAGAGGUCACCGUGUCGCUCAGUGGACCAGCACCACAGAUCGAGCUCAGCGAUCCCUUCGGUCGUAUUGUCGGUGUAGAGCAGGGCCUCAAAGAGCUGUUGAAUAUUCCCAAUUCUGCUCGUGUCAUCAACCUCAAGUUUCCCAGACCUGGAGCCUGGAAACUGAAGGUAAGCUGCAGUGGGCGUCAUACGCUGAGGGUUACAGGCGUCAGCAAUCUAGACUUCCGGGCCGGUUUCUCUAGUGUACCUGUUUCAGAGUUCAACCACACUAGAGAGAGACCAAUAAAAGGACUUCCCUCCCAUGUUUUGCUAAAAUGCACGGGCCUGAAGCCCCCCGGUCAACUGAGCCAUGUGGAGCUCAUGUCAGGCUCAGGCCGCUCUUUGCGUACCAUCCCCGUACCUUUGCCUUCAGACUUCGGACAACAAGGGCUGUGGAGUCUCCCGGAGUUCCGUACCCCUCCCCAAAGCUUCUUCAUCAAAGUAACAGGCAAAGACGAGGAGGGCUACCGCUUUCAGAGGCUGUCCAGUGUCUCCUUCACCAACAUCGUUCCAGAUCCCCCAGCUGUGAGCAUGCCUGAUGUGGUGAAGGGCUUUUAUAUGCAGCCAACUGUGAUUGCCUGUUCAGUGCAGAGUGACAUUCCCUAUAGGCUAAAAUUCACCAGAAGUGGGAUCACACUGGGAGAGGAGAAGCUCUUUCAGAAUUCUGCCAUAGCAUCUUGGGAGAUCUCUAAGGCUUCGGCUGAGGAUGAAGGUCUGUAUGAGUGCAUAGCGCAGAGCAGUGCAGGACAGGGACGGGCCUUAACACAGUUAACUGUUAGAGAACCUCCUCCAGUCUUGAAGCCUGCAGUAAAUGUGACUUCCUCGGUGGGAGGCGAGGCCGUGUUGUCCUGCCAGGUGGAGGGCUCCAUGCGCCACAACUUGACCUGGCAUCGAGCGGGUCGGACCAUCAGGGCUCGCGCAGGGAGGGUGAAGGUGCUGCCCAACUCGUCCCUGCAGAUCAGCGCAGUGCGGACUCAGGAUGCUGGAGAGUACCACUGUGUGGCCACCAACGCCCACGGAGACAGCAGAAUCAAAGUGUGGCUUCUGGUCCCAGAGGCUCCUUCUGUGGUAGUUCACCCUCCAACCCAGGCUUUCUCCCGCGGGGAUGAGAUCCGCCUGGUCUGCUCGGCGUCCGGCUCCCCUCCUCCCAAACUCUUCUGGAGCCAUGGAAACAUGCUCCUAACUAAUCGGCCGAGAUUAAAUGUAAACCAGUAUGGAGUUCUGGCUAUUAGAGGGGCCCUACCAGAGGAUGCUGGGAACUACACUUGUCAGGCCACCAAUGAGGCUGGAACUGCCUCUCAAUCUGUAUCACUCACUUAUGCAGAGGUGCCAAGAAUAACAGUAGUACAGCAGGUUGUGAUUGUAUCUGUUGGUGGAGAUGCAACGCUGCAGUGUGAAGCCACAGGCGUUCCUUCUCCCCUCGUCCACUGGUUCAAAGGUGAGCUUGAGGUGGGCUCUGCUCCUUUUGUUGAGCAGGAUGUCCACCGUGGCACCCUGCACAUCCGAGGGGUGCAGGAGAUCGAUGCUGGUCAGUACAGCUGCGUGGCGAGCAGCUCAGCAGGAACCUCAGCUGGCACCGUCAGCCUGGAGGUUGGAGCGGGUCCAUUGUUCUCCGAGGCGCCGGCUGACGUGACCUCCAACGUGGGGGAGAACAUCACCCUCCCCUGCGUCGCCCGAGGUUCCCCACAGCCUGCAGUGAGUUGGCGCAGACAGGAUGGCAGACAGAUUCUUCCAAGGACAGACAGCCACAGCAGGACAAUGCAGCUGGAGAACGGACACCUUCUAAUCCAGAGUAUCUGGCUGGAUGAUGAGGGAAUAUAUAUCUGUGAGGCCAAGAACCAGUUUGGAACCAUCAAAACUGAGGCCACAGUUAGUGUCACCGGACUGGAGCCCCCUCUUUUGGCCCAACCUGCCCCAAUCAUCACCACUGGUGUCGGUCAGUCUCUCAGUAUUCCAUGCAUGCUCUUGGAUGGAAUACCUCUCCCAGAAAGACACUGGUCCCAAAAUGGAAAACCUCUUCAGCUGAAGAGGAGGAUGUUCUUGAGGAGCGAUGGCAGUUUGUACAUUGAAAGAACCGUCCCAGAAGACAGCGGGACGUAUGUCUGCACUGCAGUGAAUGUAGCAGGCUCCAUGAACAUCACAGUCAGCCUGGAGGUCCACGUGCCCCCAGAGAUCAACGCGGGCCCGUACCACUACAUAGCCAACGAGGGCGUAGCCAUCACACUGUCAUGUGAGGCCAGCGGAGUUCCCAGGCCAGAUGUUGUCUGGUCCAAGGGCAGGCAGCCUCUGCCCAGGGACCGCCCCUCCCUUCAGUCUGCCUCCGACGGAUACCUCCACAUUCCCCACCCCACUGCUGACGAUGCAGGCAUCUACAUCUGCACUGCCACCAGUCCUGUGGGCUACGCCAGCCGAGAAAUCCAGCUCAGUGUCAACACCAUGCCAAAGAUAAUGGGUGUGAGUGGCCAUGACAACACAGUAAAGAUGGCUGCAGAGGUGGGAGCAGAGGUUGUUCUGCCAUGUGAGGCCCAGGGAAGUCCUUCUCCUCUGGUCACAUGGAGCAGAAACGGGCAUCCCAUCCCCCCCGUCACAGCUGGGUUCACUGUUUUGCCUUCAGGCUCUCUGAAGAUCACUGAUGUGCGCCUGAUUGAUAGUAAACUCUACACCUGCACUGCAGAAAACCCAGCAGGCAACGUGUCCCUAAGCUACAAUUUGCACAUUCAAGCCAAGCCCAGGAUUCAGCCAGCACCCUCCCUCCUGAAAGCCCUGAUUGGCCAAACAGUGACUCUGCCUUGUGUGGUCCAGGGAGAGCCAAGGCCUGAGGUCAGCUGGUUUCACAACGGACUUCCUGUUGGGGUCAAGAACGUUACGCCCCUGAGGAUCGGGCAGGUCGGCCUCGCUGACCAGGGCACCUACCAGUGUGUGGCCACGAACAGUGCUGGACAGGAGAGGUUGGAGAUCAAGCUGGAAAUUCUUGACAGCCCGUCCUUUGCAGAACCUGGAGAUGCCAUCAUGGAGAAAGUAGCGAACAGCAAGGUCAUCAUCCCUUGCCCUGCCGAAGGUUCUCCUCGUCCCAAGAUUCGCUGGUUCAAGAAUGGCCUGGAGAUACACCCCGAACAAUCAGAGUUUUCUGUAGCGAGGGACGGAGCUCUUGUAAUUAGCACAGCGUCUGCCAGCCACAGUGGGGACUUCAAGUGUGUGGCAACCAAUGAGGCAGGCUCUGUGGAGAGAAAGACGAGGCUAAAAGUAAAUGUUCCCCCAGAAAUCCAAGAUGACGGCCAGCCACUAAACCUCACUGUCACCUUGAAGCAGCCUCUCACUCUGGGCUGUGAUGCAUUUGGGAUCCCAUCUCCAACAAUCACCUGGAGUAAAGAUGGUCAUCAUGUGGACAGCCCUGGGGUGUAUCUGCAGAAUGGGAAUAGGCUGCUCAGAAUCUACAGAGUUCAGCCUGAACAUUCAGGACAGUUUGCCUGCACGGCUCAAAACUCAGCUGGAGAAGCCCGGAGACAAUAUAACAUAGUGGUGCAAGCUCCACCAGUGAUCUCGGGAGCAUCCCGACUGCAGGAGUUAACUGUGGUUCUCGGCCAGGAGGUGGAGUUUCAGUGUCGAGUUAGCGGUCGACCAGCGCCCCGAGUGGAAUGGAGCCGAGAUGGAGAGGUUCUGUCCCGUGACGGAGACCCUCAUGUGGAGUUUCUGGAAGAUGGCCAGGUGCUGAAGGUGAAAUCAGUCAGACUGAGGGACCAGGGCCUUUACCAGUGUCUGGCCAGUAACAACGCAGGAACUCAGAUGCGCCAGUUCAGAUUCACAGUGCAAGCACCCCCCAUUAUUAAGGGACCAAGUGAGACCUCAGAGGUGUCGGUGGUUCUGGGUUUCCCCACAGUCCUCCCCUGUGAUGUUGAGGGCUCACCUACACCCACUAUAACCUGGCUGAAGGACAACCAGCCCAUCGUGUCCACUCCCCAGCUGACAUACACCCGCGGUGGGCAGGCUCUGCGACUGGGCUCAGCGCAGGGAGACAGCACUGGCCUCUACACCUGCAGGGCCACAAAUCCAGCCGGCACCGCCACCAAGCAAUACUCUCUCAGUGUUCUGGUCCCCCCACAGAUAGAAGGGGACUCUACAUCCUUAACCUUUGGUGGUCAGGAAGAGAAAGUACGGAUCAAUGGGAGCUUGACUCUGUCCUGCCUGGCCAAAGGUUUCCCUGAACCCAAAGUUAAUUGGUUCAAAGAUGGACAGUUGCUGACUGGAAACGUCCAUGCUGGCAUUCAGGAGAGCAGCCAUUUCCUCCACAUAGAAAAUGCCAUGUUGUCCCAUGAAGGGCAAUACACCUGUGUGGUCACCAACUCUGCAGGGGAGGAUAAGAGAGAUUUUCAUGUCACUAUCCAAGUCCCUCCAGUCUUCCAGCGUGUGACUAACAGAGAAGCAGCUUGGGGUUUGGGACACGAGGAUGAUGAGAACAAUGAGGACAUGGUCGAGAAGCGGGAGGUUGUCUUAGGCCAUCCAAUCAGCCUGUCCUGUGAGAGUAAUGCCAUUCCCCCGCCCAAGCUCAGCUGGUAUAAGGACGGGCGGAAACUCACCUCUGCUGAUGGAGUGUUGCUGCUUCCAGGUGGACAGGUGCUACAAAUUGCACGAGUGCAGAAGGAAGAUGCAGGAAAGUAUACAUGCCAAGCUGUUAAUGAGGCAGGAGAGGACCGCAUGCACUUUGAACUGGAGAUCCUCGUUCCUCCUGUAAUCAUCGGAGCAACACAGGAGUUUAUGGAGGAAAUGGGAGCGGUGGUCAACAGCACUGUGGUCUUACACUGUGAUGCGACUGGACAUCCAGCUCCAGUCAUCUCCUGGCUGAGAGAUGGGCAGCCGGUGCACACAGACUCACAGCACCACAUCAGCAAUGAUGGAACACAACUCCAGCUCCUCAGUGUCCAGGUUUCGGACAUGGCUGGAUAUAUGUGUGUCGCUGAGAACAAGGUCGGGACAGUUGAGAAGCUCUUCAGUCUGACGGUGCAAGUGCCUCCAAGAAUAACUGGCUCUAAGGAGGAGGAGGUUAGUGUGACUGAGGGCCACAUGGUCUCAUUGCUGUGUGAUGUCCAAGCGUACCCGCCUCCAGAGAUCACCUGGACCAGAGACGGGCAGGUCCUCCACUUCAGCACCGGCAUUCAUAUUCUGCCAGGCGGCCAGAUGCUCCAGUUGCUCCGGGCGAGACUGGAAGACGCAGGACAAUAUGUGUGCACAGCCACCAACUCAGCAGGGCAGGAUCAGAAGAGUAUUCUGCUCAGUGUUUAUGUCCUGCCCACCCUGAAGCCCCGGCAUGAGGCUGAGUCCGACUCGGUGACCCCUCAGGUUGGAUCCUCGGUCACUUUACGAUGUGAAGCCCACGGUGUUCCUGAGCCUGAGGUCACAUGGUACAAGAAUGGGCUUCAACUGGCUGCAGGAAACGGCAUGAAGAUGGAUCGUCACCAGCUGGAGAUUAUAGGGGUUCAGAUGGCAGAUGGUGGCACCUACACCUGCAAAGUGUCCAAUGUGGCUGGACAGGUGGACAGGACAUUCAGGCUGGCAGUUCAUGUUCCACCUGUUCUGGAUGGGCCUCUUCAGGAGUUCCUGAACUACACCCUGGGUUCUCACGUGGCCCUGUUGUGUGAGGCCACAGGGGUACCUGUUCCCAGCAUCACUUGGCUCAAAGAUGGAACCCCGAUUGAGAGCAGUCUGCAGUGGCAGUGGUCCGUUCGAGGUAAUAGGUUGGAGCUGGGGCCUCUCAGUCUGUCUCAUGCUGGAAGGUACACCUGUGUGGCCAAGAACAACGAGGGACAAACACAGAAAGACUACACACUCACAGUGCAGGUAUCACCCACCAUCCUGGACUCUGACCACCCAUCUGAAGUGAGUGCACCCAUGGGAGAGGAGCUGACCCUGGAGUGCAGAGCAAAUGGAAUCCCCACGCCUCGCCUCAGCUGGCUGAAAGACGGAGUGACUUUAGAGGCAUCAGACACCCGUCACAUCGCAGUGACCCCUGAUGGCAGCACGCUGACAUUACUGAGGCUGAGCCCCGAGCAUUCUGGGACGUACACCUGCCUGGCUGUCAGUCCAGCUGGCCAGGAGAGCAAAAUCUACACCCUCUUCGUGCUAGUUCCACCAUCUAUCUCUGGUGAGACCACCGUCCCCAGAGAAGUGCAGGUCACACAGGACAGCGUUGUCACACUGGAGUGUCAGGCAGCAGGAAACCCUCCACCUCAGAUCAGCUGGAUGAAGAACGGCCGUCCACUGCUCCUCUCUCCCCGCACACGCCUCCUCUCUGGUGACUCUGUGCUGAGGAUUUCUCCUGUGCAGCUGUCUGAUUCUGGUGUUUACACAUGCGUGGCUCGCAGUCAAGCUGGCCUAGCCGAGCUCAGCUAUGAAGUCCAAGUCCAAGUGCCCCCUGGUGUGGAUCAUGUCGAACCAGUGGAGCCGGUGACAGUAGUCCAGGGGUCUUUGGUGACGUUAACCUGCGAAGCGCGUGGCGUUCCCCCUCCCACACUGACAUGGAUGAAAGACGGCCAGCCGCUGUCCCUUCACCGCAACCUGCUGCUGGAUGGGCAGGAGACACGACUGCAGCUGCCUGACGUGGCUCCUACAGAUGCCGGCCUCUACAGCUGCGUGGCCAGUAACCAGGCAGGAAGCAGCACAAAGAGCUUCAACCUCACCGUGCUUGAGCCUCCAAAGAUUUCCAGCUCCAGCUCUCCAGAGGAGCUGACCAUAGCAAUAAACAGUCCUCUUGAGCUGGAGUGUUCCGCUGCGGGAGUCCCACCACCCACUGUCAGCUGGCUCAAGGAUGGCCGCCCCUUGGAGGGAACUGAGAUUGUUCAGCAGGAUGGUCAGUUUGUCAGGAUCAGCAAAGUUCAGGUCGAGGAUGCAGGUCUAUACACCUGCUUGGCCAGCAGCCUAGCUGGAGAGGAUGGAAAAAACCACUGGGUCCGAGUCCAAGUGCCACCAACGCUGCUUGGCUCCGGUGAUGUGAGGACACUGACAGUGCCUGUUAAUGGACACCUGACUUUGGAGUGUCUGGCUGACAGUGACCCCCCUCCUGAUAUCGAGUGGUACAAGGACGAGGCCAAACUGCAGCUGAGUGGUCGUAUCCAGAGACUGGCAGGGGGUCAGUACCUGGAGAUCCAGGAGGUCAGGCCUGAGGACAGCGGCCAGUACAGCUGUGUGGUCACCAACAUGGCUGGAAGCACCAGUCUCUUCUUCACAGUGGAGAUUCUCUUACCGCCGAAAAUAAAAGAGAGCGGUACAGUGGUGACUGUACACAUCGGUCAGGAUGCAGUUUUACCUUGUGAAGUAGAGGGUGACUCCUCACCUGUGGUCAUGUGGAGGAAAGACGGCUUCCCCAUAUCUCCAGAUAACAAUAAGUUCACCACGCUAUCAGAGGGAUCGCUGCGUAUACAUGGGGCUCAGUUGAAUGAUGCUGGUCGUUAUUACUGCACCGUGUCCAACCAGGCCGGCUCAGAUCACCGGGGAAUGGAUCUUCGUGUGUUUGUGGGUCCUUCAAUCAGUCCCGGUCCAUUCAAUGUGACAGUAACAACAGGGAUUAGAGCUGUGCUGAGCUGUGAGACUACAGGUAUACCUCCACCGCAAGUAUCCUGGAAGAGGAAUGGUGCUCUGCUGGAUAUUAGCCAGCAGCCUGGAGCAUACAGGCUACUGUCCUCUGGGUCUCUGGUCCUUCUGUCCCCAGCCAAUGAGGAUGAAGGUUAUUUUGAGUGUACUGCAGUCAAUGAUGUUGGAGAGGAGCGCAGGGUCAUUGAGGUCAUCCUGCAAGUCCCACCAUCUAUUGAAGAUGAUGUCACGGCUGUUAAAGCUGUGAAAAUGUCUCCUGUGGUUUUGCCUUGUCACGUGCAAGGACGUCCUCAGCCCACUGUCACCUGGACGAAGGGCGGAGCCAAACUGGGCUCCAGGGGAGGAACGUAUCGUGUCCUUCCUACUGGAGUGUUGGAGAUAACUGCUGCUGUGCCAAGUCAUGCUGGAAGAUACACAUGCUCAGCACGAAACCCAGCUGGAGUGGCUCACAAACACAUCUCCCUCACAGUGCAAGAGCCACCAGAGAUCAGGCCAAUGGCAGAGGAAGUACAAGUGGUGCUGCAUCAUGGGACUGUUCUUCCUUGUGAGGUUCAAGGCCUCCCCAGGCCAUCCAUCACCUGGCAAAGAGAAGGAGUUCCAAUAGCAGCUGGUCACAGGCUGGCAGUGCUCUCAAACGGAGCUCUGAAGUUCUCUCGUGUGACACUCGGUGAUGCGGGAACCUACCAGUGCCUGGCCAAGAAUGAAGCUGGUGUAGCUGUGGGAAGAAGCAAACUAGUCCUUCAAGUCCCACCUGUGCUGAGUGUCCCUCGUGUUGAGUACACUGCUGUGUUAGGCCAGCCAGUCAGUCUGCAGUGUGUAGCUGAUGGGCAGCCUCAGCCUGAAGUUACUUGGCACAAAGAGAGGAGGCCUGUGGUCGAUGGUGCUCAUAUACGCAUCUUUGCCAAUGGAACUCUGGCAAUUACCUCAACCCAGCGCAGUGACGCAGGCCUUUACACAUGUACUGCCAAAAACCUUGCCGGCAGAGCCAGCCAAGAUAUGAGGCUGCUUAUUCAAGUUCCACCCAUGAUUCCUCCUGCGCAGACGGAAUUGUCAGUCAUUCAAGGAUUUCAGGUGCUGCUGCCCUGUGCUGCUCAGGGUUCACCAGAACCCAGAGUAUCAUGGGAAAAGGAUGGCAUCAUCGUGCCUAAUCUUCCUGGCAAAUUCACUGUCCUGCGAUCAGGAGAGCUGAUUAUCGAGAGGGCUGAGCCAGGAGAUGCUGGUGUGUUCACAUGUGUAGCCACCAAUGCAGCAGGUUCUGUGAGACAAGACGUCCACCUGUCCAUCAACAUGAGGCCUGCCUUCAAAGAGCUGCCAGGUGACAUAACACUGAACAAAGGGCAAAGGCUGACCUUGUCCUGCCAUGCUCAGGGAACACCUCCUCCCAUCAUCUCCUGGACCGUCAACAACAGUCCCUAUGAAGGUGCCACAGUAGAUGAGGCAGGCAGGAGCUCCAUCAUCAUUGAGAAUGUGACUGUGAGUGAUGCUGGGACCUACGUGUGCAUAGCAGAAAACAGUGUGGGCUCCAUCAGAGCACUCUCAUUUGUCCGCAUCAGAGAGCCUCCAGUGUUGAAAGGUGAAGCCCACAUGUCUCAGACUGUCGUCCAGGGAAGCUCUGCUAUGCUCGACUGUCCAGUUCAUGGAGACCCCAGCCCUGUACUCCGCUGGCUCCGAAAUGGAAAACCCUUACUCCGGGUUCUCCGAAUGCAAACACUCCACAAUGGAUCCUUGGUCAUUUACAGCACCACUGCAGCAGAUGAAGGGGAGUAUCAGUGUGUGGCAGAGAGUGAGGCUGGAACAGCUGAGAGGACCAUUACUCUCAAAGUUCAGAUCAAUGGAGGUUACUCUAACUGGGAGGAGUGGGGUCCAUGUAGCAGCACCUGUGGCCAAGGCUUCCAAGAAAGGAUCAGACUAUGCAACAACCCAGAACCUGCCAACGGUGGCCGAUCAUGCAGUGGCCCCAGCAUCGAUUCUAGGAAAUGUCAGACUGGUUUGUGUCCAGGUGAGGUCCCACGGAAGACCAGAGGCAGCUUGAUAGGAAUGGUGAAUGAGAGAGAGUUUGGUGUGUCCUUCCUGGAGGCCAACAUCACGGAUGACAAAGAGGAGGGGAGCAGUGUUUUGCAGGCACGCUUGGACAACAUCCCUCCCACUGUGGGUCCGUUGCUGCGAGUGCUGGUGUCUGUGUUCGCUCCCAUCUACUGGACCACUGUGCUGCAGAACGGAGCAGCCAGAAACGGCUACUCCUUCACUCAGGGCCACUUCAGACAAGAGUCUCAGCUGGAGUUUGAGACGGGGGAGGUCCUUCGUUUGACCCAUGUUGCCAGAGGUGUGGAUUCUGAGGGAGUUUUACUAAUUGACAUCGUAAUUAAUGGAUUUGUUCCUCCUUCAUUAUCAUCAUCAUCUCAUCUCAGCCUACAGGAGUUCGAUGAGUCAUAUCUGCAGACAGGCCAAGGGCAGCUGUACUCGUGGUCAUCACAGACCCACCAGAGAGGAGGAAACCCACUGGUGCUGCGCUGUAAUCACACCAUUAUUUACGAGGGCCAGGAGGAGCGCCAGGGCCCUCUGCUCCAGCUGCUCAAGGUCUCAGGGAUGAACAGCAUCUACAACAUGUUCACUCUCACUUUGGACUUCCACAUCACUGCCAACCUUAUCAUACCAGAUGGUUAUGAAGACACAUGCCCUAAAGGUUUCAGUCUUGACACAGUCUCCUACUGUGCUGAUGAAGAUGAGUGUGCACUCCAGACUCCCUGCUCUCAUUCAUGUAACAACAUCAUGGGUGGCUUCACCUGUUCCUGCCCCUCUGGCUUCACUAUUUCUACGGAGACGAACACGUGCCAAGAUAUUGAUGAGUGUUCCCAAGCCUCACACAUGUGCCACUACAACCAGCAGUGUGUGAACACAGUGGGAACAUAUCGCUGUCAGGCCAAAUGUGGACCAGGAUUUAAGCCCAGCAUCACAGGAACCAGUUGUGAAGAUGUGGAUGAGUGCCAGGAGUCUGCCAUCUCCCCAUGCCAGCAUCAGUGUGUCAAUAUUCUGGGUUCCUACCGCUGUAUCUGUCACCCUGGAUACCAGCUGUCAGGACAUCGCUGCGUUGACAUCAAUGAGUGCAUGAGGAAUGUGUGCCCGGCUCACCAGCAGUGCCGUAACACAGAGGGAGGAUACCAGUGUUUCGACAGUUGUCCAGCUGGAAUGACUAAAACAGACGAUGGAGCCUGCACAGAUAUUGAUGAGUGCCAGGAUGGAAGUCAUAUGUGUCGCUACACUCAGAUUUGUCAGAACACAAUCGGAGGUUAUGGCUGUAUAUGUCCCAGAGGUUACCGAUCACAGGGAGUAGGGCUCCCGUGUUUGGACAUUGAUGAAUGUCUGCAGACGCCAAAUCCUUGUGCCUACCAGUGCCGCAAUGUGCCCGGCAGCUUCAGGUGCCUCUGCCCUCCUGGUACUGUCGUGCUUGGGGAUGGACGCUCCUGUGCAGGGCUGGAGAGAGGCCAGACCUUCACUAAUGGUACCAGAGUCAGAGCAAGACUCCGCCCACAGCUGGUGUCAUCCCUCGGCAGGCCAAUCCUGUCCCGUUCUCAUGGAGUAUCUCGCAUUACCAGACAGAGCUGUCCUGUGGGGUACACCAACAGAGAUGGCUCAUGUGUUGACGUGGAUGAGUGCUUGGUCAGGAAGCCCUGCCAACAUGAGUGUCGGAAUACCAUUGGCAGCUUCCAGUGCCUGUGUCCCUCAGGAUACAAGCUCCUACCCAACGGCAGAAGCUGUAAAGACAUUGAUGAGUGUAUAGAACAAGGCAUCCAGUGUGGACACAAUCAGAUGUGUUUUAAUACCCGGGGGGGAUACCAAUGUCUGGACACACCCUGCCCUGCAUCCUACCAGAGUGGAGGAAGCCCUGGGACCUGCUAUAGACCCUGCUCUCUGGACUGUGCCUCUGGAGGCUCCCCUCUGCUGCUGCAGUACAAGCUGCUCACUCUUCCCUCCGGCAUCCCAGCCAAUCACAAUGUGGUACGACUGUCCGCCUUCUCAGAAUCAGGCAUCCUGCAAGAGCGUACAUCUUUUACGAUACUUGAGCAACAAUCAGAGGCGGGUGUGAUGGGCCGGGUAUUUGGCAUUAGAGAUGAGGCAGGUAGGGGGAUCAUCUUCACCCUAAGAGUCCUGGACAGACCAGGACUGGUGCGGCUCAAGGUGCAGGCCACUACUAUAUCCCUGCAGGGCCGGAUUACCUACCAGAGCAUCUUCAUCAUCUACAUCUCCAUCUCAUCCUACCCCUACUGAUCCUCUGUGCUGCUUUACAGAUGACUCCCAGUGGCUGUUGGAUGCCUCUCACCCACAAGGCAAUUUGCCAAUAUCCUGUGCCUUGCACCCAUUAGGCUAUGCAAAGAAACUCUAACAUGCAAGAUAAGGUGGACGUGGUUGAUAGGGUUUUAUGAAGACUGAAACGUCACAGUGAAAAAGUCUUGUGAGAGAAAAGGCCUUGAUUCUUAUGAAAUAUUGCCUUCAGCUGGAUCUUUUGAAUUGAUUACAGAGCAGAACAUCCUGUACUGAGGACAUCUGAACUGACAAACAAGCUGGAUGAACAAAGUAUUUUGCUCAAUUAUUUACCAAAUGGCCCAUUUGAGGAAAAUGCCAAGAGUGCAUCUUUUUAGUUCAUCUCUGAAAAUGCAGAAUACAAAAAAGUAUGUCAACCAAGCACUGAAGUUAUUUAGUGUCCAUUAGGAACUAUGACAUUUUUCUAUCAUUUUGUAUGUUAGUUUUACAUGUUGAAUACCUAAUUUUGGGACAGACUUGUUCUCAUUUAAAAUAUGUUCACAACCCACACUUUGGAAAUACAUACCUAAUGUAAACCCUUUCACAGCUAUAAUAGUGUACACUGUCCUCCCCUAUUAUUUUAAUUUAUUACAGUCACUUGAACACAUCACUGGUUCAAACAACCUCCUGUCACAGAGGGUUUGCGUUAAUAAAGACCUACUAUCAUUGUAAUGGCACAGUGUAACAGCAGCUGUCUAGCAACAGUGUUUGAUCUAUCUUGUGUUUUUUUUUUUAACUCGUAUAACAUUUUUUGUCACAUAUGGUGUAAAGGUGCUAUUCUGAAUGUACUUGAGUGUUUUGAGUUGAUGCCAUUUCAACGAUGUGAUUGGUGCUGGUGUUCCAAAGAAAACAGGAAGUUAUUACCAAAAACAAACCAAAGAGCUGGACUGCACGUUCGGUAGUGUAGCAAAUAUCUUACCUGCAUUCAUGAAGCUAUACACAACACUUUUCUUUAGAAUUUUCAUGUUGACAUCCAUAGUUGGUGUUCAGAAAUUAAAUAAGUGCCAUCAAUGAACAAAACACAAGGAGGGAGCUCUAAAAUGAAAGGUUCACCCUACUCUUGUUAAUUAAACAAUUAUGUCCCUGUUGCUGUAAAUGAGUGUCAAAUAUUUGUCAAAAUAAAAUGGACAAAACUUU